UGUAAACCGGAAGGCACACAUUUCGGCGGUCCAGAGAGAGAGAAAAAAUUUAUAGAGAGAGAGAGAGCUUAGGUGGGUUUCUUCUUUCCUCUCAUGCGGAGAAGAAGAGGAGGGUUUGAGAACUUCAGGAACUUAAGCUUAAUCUGUUUUAGGGUUUUGAGGAGUUGUGUUUAGUGAGAUCCUUUAAGUUUUAACAGUUGAAAGGUUUUUGAAUCAAAGAGAUGGAGAGAGACUUCUUGGGUUUGAGUGUAAAGGAAUUGUCGCCGGCUGUGAAGGAAGAGAGCAAAGAGGGAUUGCAAGAUUCAGCUUUCAUGAGGGGUUCAGGAAUGCAGUGGCCUUUCUCAAACAAGGUCUCUGCUCUGCCUCAGUUCAUGUCUUUCAAGACUGGGCAAGAAGACAGAUCAAAGAAGAUGGUAUUUGAUCGCCUGGCCUCCUCUGCAUUUAUGCCUACCAUAUCUACAGCAGAUGCUUUUGAUGCUAAUCACAAGCCCACUUCAAGCAUAGUCCAGAAAAACUUCAAUCUUGAUAGGCAAGUGGGCACCUAUAAUGCAACGAACACUUACUCUGUGCAACAUGUUGACCUCCAUCGUCCACAUGAUCUUAGGGCCCUUCCUGUCCCUAACCAGACCAUCUCGAUUUCUAUGAGCAACCCUUUCUUCAAGACCCAUGUUGCUACCACAGGCCAAAGCUUGGCUCCUACUUCUAUGAAGCAACAACCAAUUGGCGGAAUUCCUGUUACCACCACACAUGCAAUAUUUCCAGCUUCUGGUUCUGUAGAUCCAAGGAACAUCUCGAAGGCCUCAGGGGCUCAACUGACCAUCUUUUAUGGUGGUGCUGUAAACGUUUAUGACGAUAUCUCUCCUGAGAAGGCUCAGGCAAUUAUGUUUUUGGCUGGAAAUGGAGCUUCCAUGAGCAACAACCAAAGGGCUCAAGUACAAGCACCAACCUCACAGCCAACAGUAGUUGAAGGUGUUCAAGGAAACCAGUCUCCUAAUUCCACUCCUCCUUGCUCAGGCCUUCCAAGCCCCAUCUCUGUUACUUCCCAUUCUGGUGCUCAAUCAGGUAGUGGGUCUAGCAACAAUGACGAAGGGAUGGCAACAAAAUCCAAAGGAACUCUGAUAGCGCCCAGCAGCAGCCAACCUGAGGUGGUCACUCCUAUAGCAUCUGCUGCUCCUACUACUCUCAUGCCUGCAGCUGUGCCUCAAGCUCGCAAGGCAUCCUUGGCUCGAUUUUUGGAGAAGCGCAAGGAGAGGAUAAUGACUGUAGCUCCAUACAGCCCAAGCAACAAAUCAACAGAAAGCACCAAAGGCUCAUUACCUUUCCCAGCCAACAAGGAGCAGUCAUGGAGUAUGGGGCCAACUAAGAUGGAGGCUAAUAACGCCAAGUUGCAUUCUACAUAGAAAAAGAUGCAAAAAGCUGAAGGAGGAUUCUCCUCCUCGCCUUUUUUGGUUUAAUUUAAGCCCUUCUAUUUCUCUUUAAGAUAAUUUAGUUUCAAUUCUUUCUCCUUUGAAUGUGGUCAGGAGCCUUUUGAUCCUACAACACUUCUUUUAGAGAAGUUUGUAUCCAUUUUAACUUCCUGUCAUAUUGUAAAAAUUGAAGUAACCUAAGCAUAUAAAACAAUCCAUAUUCCUAA